AUGAAUUGGUAUGGAAAGAUGAAUAUACUUUCAAGCAUAACACGAGGAUUAGAGUGGAUGCAUGAAUCAGGUUACAUACAUUAUAACCUUCAUGUGGGAAAUAUAUUAAGAACAGGAACAGGAGAAACCAUUAUUACAGACGUUGGUAUUAAAAAACCAACGAUUAAAUUCACUUCAUUAUUAAGGGAUAAAUGUAAAUCUUGUGAUGAGAUGUCUAGAAACUCUUCUACUUUCACUCCUACUCCGCUUCUUUAUGUUAGCCAUCCUGAAGCUGUUUAUCAUAGUAGAUUAUUGGAAUUUGAUGAUAUGCCUAGAAUCAUUAAUACUGACAGAAGGUCCAAGCUGCUAAAUUCUUUUCCCUAUUCAGAGUCUCGCCAAAUUGACGGACAAGAUAAUUUGGAAUAUCAAGAUGAUCAAGAUGAUCAUACUAGUUCAUGUCUUUGUCCAUUUAAUUAUUUAUUAAAUUGGUUACAUUCCCUUAAAAAACUUAAAAAAUAA